AUGAAAGAACUUUUUCUAUCAAAAUUAUUGUAUAAAUAUGUUGUUAAGCACAAACCAAUAUCUUCUACUAUUCUUCAUUCUGUUUCAAUGAAUCUUGAAUCUUUGUCCGGAAAUCUAGUACACGUAAAUGCAAUCGUUCGUGAUAAUAUGCCAAAUGGCAGUGAUAUUGGAUGUGUUGUAGCAAUUCAUGACGUUCCAGGUAAUGAUAAAAGUUACUGCAGUUUAUUUAAAAAAAUGACAAAAAAAGGGAUUCGUUUCCUUGCUAUUAAUUUGCCUGGUUUUGGAUAUUCAUCGUAUGAUGAUAAUUUGAAGUGUAAUAGUGAUGAACGUUUAAGUUUUACAAAAAAUAUUUGUAAAGAAUUGUUACAUUCAAAUGAUAAUGUGUUAUUCAUGGGCUUGGGUAGAGGAUGUGAAACAGCAAUUAAAAUGACUCAAGAAUGUUAUCCAAGAAAAACAAUAGGUUGUGUUGUAAUGUCACCUUAUGGAAUUAAAAAUGAUCAUCUUCGUGAUCACACAUUGUUAUUUUCAAUAGAUCACUUAUUUUCUUCAUUAAAAAUAUUUGGCUCACACCAAAUUAAACCUUUACUUGAUAUAAGAUCACAACCAAUUAAAAGGACAAUUAAAGAAAUAGACUUUUCAACAUUACCACCAUUUCUAGAACAAAUUGUAAAACGAAAACAGAAAUUUUCACUGCUUUAUGGUAGUAGAAAUAAAAUAAUUAAACCUGAAUUAUCACUUUCUCUUACAAAAUUUGUUCCAAAGUGUAAGUUCUUAAAUGUUUUUGGAGGAAAUGAAAAAAAUGUUAUUGAAGUAAUAAAAAAUAACUAUGAAAACGGUGAUCUAAAUACAGUAAUUAAUAUUGAAUACUCAAAACAUAAAAUCCAAAAAUCAGCUCCAGAAUUUAUAGUUGAUCUUUGUGAAGCAAUGUUGCAAAAUAAUAAACAAAAAUCAAAAUAA